GACUUAUGUUGGAUUUGGGGUUAGGAUUUUUCGAUUGUUUUGUGAGCUGUGAUUUGUAAUGAAUAAUUCUCUGUGAUAAAAAACCUCAACUGUUUUUUAGCUCAAAUUUAAAAGAGUAAACACAAGGAUUCAGGGCUGAUAACAUGUCUAACAAAUUCUCAUUAGCUGAGCUGAAAAACGAGGAAAUAGAAAAUGUGAGGGUUGUCAUAAGAGUUCGACCAUUGAGUUUUAAAGAGCAAGAAUGUGGAUAUGCUAAUAUCACAACUGUCAACAGUUACAGUGGUCAAAUUUUUGUAAGAAACCCACAGGCUGGUCCAAGUGACACACCCAGGACAUUCGUAUUCGAUACAGUCUUCGAUAUUGAUUCAAAGCAGCUAGAUGUGUACAACGUGACAGCGCGCCCUAUUGUGGAGAAAGUGCUUGCUGGCUAUAAUGGAACCAUAUUCGCCUACGGACAGACGGGCACCGGAAAGACUUACACCAUGGAGGGUAACAGGAGUGAGCCUGAGGAGAAGGGCAUCAUACCCAACUCGUUCGCCCACAUUUUCGGCCAUAUCGCUAAAUCUAACGAAGGCACCAGAUUUCUAGUUAGAGUAUCUUAUUUUGAAAUUUACAAUGAGGAAAUCAGAGAUCUGCUGUCGAAAAAUCCGACGGCACGAUUGGACGUUAAAGAGAGACCGGAUGUGGGUGUUUAUAUAAAAGACCUGUCAACUUUCGUAGUGAACAAUGCUGAUGAUAUGGACCGCAUCAUGACACUUGGCAAUAAAAAUCGCGUUGUUGGUGCCACGGCCAUGAACACCCAUAGCUCAAGAUCUCAUGCUAUAUUCAAUAUAACUAUUGAAACUAUUCAAAAAGAUACAGAUGGGAAGGAACAUGUCAAGAUGGGACGACUGCAUCUUGUUGAUCUAGCUGGCUGUGAAAGGCAGAGUAAAACUGAGGCCACCGGACAGAGGCUGAAAGAAGGCACCAAAAUCAAUUUGUCGCUGUCCACUCUUGGCAAUGUCAUCUCAGCCUUGGUCGAUGGUAAAUGCACGCAUAUACCUUACAGGAACUCUAAGUUGACGCGAAUUCUACAAGAUUCGCUCGGUGGAAAUUCAAAAACAGUUAUGUGUGCAACAGUGGGCCCAGCUGCCUAUAACUACGACGAGACAAUCAGCACGUUGCGCUAUGCCAGUAGAGCCAAGAAAAUAUGCAAUAAGGCGCGCAUCAACGAAGAUCCAAAAGAUGCGUUGCUUCGUCAGUUUCAAGCUGAAAUUGAACAUUUACGUAAGCAGCUCGAAGAAGGUGUAUUUGAUGCUGAAUUGGACGAUGAUGUAAAUAUUGAGGAGAAACUUAAAUUGAAGAACGCUCUACAGAUUAACCAAGCUGAAGAUGUCAGUGAAAAAGAGGAGGAAGAAUUGGCUUUGGCUAUGACCGAGCAUAAACAACUGCAAGAAAAGUUGGAAAGUUUGGAGAAGAAAAUACUGGUCGGUGGGGAAAAUCUCUUGGACAAAGCUGAAGAACAAGAGAAACUUUUGGAAGAAUCAGCCAAAGAAUUGGAAAAACGCAAAACUGAAGAGGAAAUGUUGAAACAGAGACUGGAACAGAAAUCGGCAGAGCAUAUCGACAUCGAGGAGAAGUAUUCGAGUCUGCAGGAGGAAGCGGUGGGCAUUUCGCGGAAGCUGAAGCGGCUGCAGGGUUUGAUCCGGGACGCUCAGGUUGAGCAGAAGGACGUCUGCGCCGAGAACCAGAGAGAGAUGGAAGGUCUGCUGGACAACGUGCGACAGCUCAACAAGGAGUUGGGUCUGCAGGAGGCCCUCCUCAAAAUGUACAUUCCCGAAAAGUAUAAGGAACUUAUCCAGAGACAUUCACAUUGGAAUGAGGACAUUGGAGAGUGGCAACUGAAGUGUGUGGCCUACACUGGAAACAACAUGCGCAAGUCAGCCAAUGAGAGAACUUCGGCUCAGAGUCAAGAGGUUUUCCAGCCAGAUCUAUCCUCUGUGUAUCUAACUUACGACGACUACGCAACUAGUCAUUCCAAAAAUAAGAUGCGAGCAAAAUCUAGCAAUUCCAAUCGAUCUGUUAAUGCGAUUCUUCAGUAGUUCUGCUCUGCACUUCGAGAUAUUCAACAAAUAUGCAAUAUUCUAGUCAACAAAAAUGCAUGAAUGAUCAUUCUUAUCUGAUGUACAUAGAUAAUAGCUAUUUUGUGCCUUAGAAUUAUGACGAAUUCGAAAACACUGAAUUACAGUAGAAUUUGCAUAAUUCUUAGAAAGGGUGGAAAAAUAAAAGUGGAUCCAGACAGAAUGAUCAACAACUCUCAUAUGGAAAUAAAGAAUCAAAUUUAGUUAGGUUGUACCUACAAUCUAUUCAGUAUUACGUUUUAUUAUACUGUAUCGUUAGUGUUUAGUAGGAUUAGCACACGAUUAACUUGAAUAAUGAUAUCAAAAGAAUUGAAGGCUUUGAAAAAUUCAAGUACUUGAUAUUUUUAAUUCUUUCAAACUUUUCACUCGAUUCAUAUUGUAUGCUGGGUGGUGAGAGUGAUGUAUUAUCAUUUAAAAAAAUUGAAUAACAUUAUUCUUGCUAGAAUUAUUUGAAAGAUAUGUGAGAAAUUCAUCUCCAAAUAGUUUUACUAAGUUUCAUUUUAUGACACUAAAAUUGAAUUUCGAUUAUAAAUGAAAUUAGUAGAAGAGUCUUAUAGUUAAAAUAAUACGAUUCUAGUCUUUUAAAAACCCAGAUUGGUUCUCAAACAAAUUUAAAUUUUCAUAAAUUCUAGAGAUUAUGUAAAAGCCCAAAGUUUCAGACGAUUAUUCCCAGCUAUCAUAGAUCUACAACCGAGAUCUAUAAUCAUCUGAACAUUUUUGUAGAUAAUAUUAAAAUAAAACUAUAUUAUGUGCAAUACCAUACUUAGGAAAAGGCAUUUUAGUUCCAAACUAUGUUGAAGUAAGGUAUGUUUAAGAAAAAUAUUUAUUUUGUGAUAUGGAAGCACAUUAGAUAUUUCCAACAAAUACUAUGAAAUUAGAGUAUUUAUUUUAGUUUUUAUAUUCAAUUUUUUUUGAAAUAUUUGUACUAAUUAACUGAUUCUGUUGAGUUGUCUAGUUUUUCACUUUUCUAUGAGAUCUUUGUUUUUUUGAACUUCCUAUUCAAAAUAGCUGUUACAUUCCAAUAUAAAUUUUUGAAUGUUACCUUAGCUGAAUAAUGUUGAAUAAAGCACAAGAGUCAUUGAUUUGUUUACGCAAUAUAAAACUUAUUUAAUCAAUAGAUAUAAUAUACAUCUUUAUAAAAUGUGGAA